AUGAUACGAUCUCCAACAAACAAAGAUGGUAAAUAUUCUUCUCAACCUGACUUGGCGAGCACCAAUAAAACCGACUCGGAGUCAUCGUCGAGUUUUGUUGCAGUUCGGAAACGUAAAGAACGGAGCGAAUUUGAGGAAUUGCGAGAGGAAAUACAAAUUUUAAUAACAACAAUAAAAACAGGUCAAGAAGCAAAGUUUGAAAAAAUCUUUAAAAGUAUUGAGGAACUAAAGUUACAGAAUAAUACUUUAAAAAUUCAAAAUGAGAAAAUUUUAAGUUCUAAUGAAAUAAUAGAGAAGAAAUUAAUGCAAACGACUGAACUAUACAAUGAUGUAAAAAAAACGAUGGCUAUCCUUCAAGAUGAUCAUAAUAAGGCAAUCAAUAAAAUUACAGCUCUAGAAGAAGAAGUAGAAGAAAUCCAACGUCACCACCGCUCUUCCUUUAUUGAAAUAACUACACCAAUAAACGAAAAUGAGAAUAUCCUAGAAAUGGUAACAAACAUUCAUGAGACCAUUGGUUUUAAGCCUAUGGAAGAGAGUAUCAGACAAUGUUAUAGAAUGAAACAAGGAACUAAAAAACCUAUAUUAGUUGAAUAUCGAAAUGGGCAGAAAAGAAACGAAGUAUUAAAACUAGCAAAAAUAUACAACAAGAAUAACAAAGAGAAAUUAAAUACGGAUAUAUUCGGUAAGCAAAAAAUAAAGGAACGUAUUUACAUCAAUGAAUUUCUUACACCUAAUACAAGAAAAUUGUACUACCAUGCCCGCCAACUACAGAAAUUACACGGAUUUAAAUACUACUGGGUAUCAAGAGGAAGAGUCUAUAUUAGAAAAAAUGACGGUGAUCCGGCUAUUCUUGUUAAAUCUUUGGAGCAAAUUGAAUCUCUUAAAGUGGAAGCCACCAUA